UCAGCGCCUCUGCAGCAAUGGAUGCACCGAGAUGACGGAAUCGGAGUUAAACUCUGCAACCAUGUCCUCAGUUCUGCAGAAGCUCAUCAGCCCGAUGGCCAGCAGCCCCGCUGAGCCUCCCAGGAACAAGGUGACGGUGGUCGGGGUGGGCCAAGUGGGCAUGGCCUGUGCCGUCAGCAUCCUGCUGCGGGACCUGUGUGAUGAGCUGGCUCUGGUGGAUGUGAUGGAGGAUCGUCUGAAAGGAGAGAUGAUGGACCUGCAGCACGGCAGCCUCUUCCUCAAGACCUCCAAGAUAGUCGCGGACAAAGACUAUGCCGUGACAGCCAACUCCCGCCUGGUUGUGGUGACAGCCGGCGUUCGCCAGCAGGAGGGAGAGAGCCGCCUCAACCUGGUGCAGAGAAACGUCAACGUCUUCAAGUCCAUCAUCCCCCAGAUCGUCAAGUACAGCCCCAACUGCACACUCAUCGUGGUGUCAAACCCUGAAACGACCCAAAUACUCCUUCAACACUGUGCCUGGCACUUCUCACCCCCAUGCAGUAAUAUGUCUAUAUAUAGUGACAUGUACGGUAUCGACGAGGAGGUCUUCCUGUCUCUGCCCUGCGUCCUGAACAGCGCCGGCGUGAGCAGCGUCGUCAACAUGACCCUGACGGACGAUGAGGUGGGCCAGCUGAGGAAGAGCGCCGACACGCUGUGGGGCAUCCAGAAGGACCUCAAAGACGUUUGAACCUCCCUGCCCACACACACACACACACAGUGGUGCUGAGGCCAGCUGACACGCACACACUCCUUCAUAACGCCCCCUCUCUCUCUUAGACCGUGUUGCUCUCUUUAAAGGAUGAUAUCAGUGUUUUAAAGCCCGAAAAAACACUAUAAUAAGCACAUUUGCUCCCAAACAGCUCGUAGUUGGUGUUUGUGUGUUGGUGUUAGGAGAUGUAAGCCGACCUCCGUUGUUGUACUCCGAAUGGAUUCUUGUGUUUCAGCUGUUUUAGACCAGGAUCAAGCACAAUCCUCACAAGCGUCCUCCUCCACCGCUUAGUUGAUCAGAGAAAGACCCUUCACGUCCAAAAAGCACACUGCUCCCCUGCUGCCCUCACCUGAAACUGGGAAAGUGGUAGAGCAGACAGGCGACUGCACAAUUAGCUCAUUAUGAGUGUGAAGGUUAAUCUCUCCCCCUUGUUUUAAGCAAACAGAGCUGCAGAGGAGGAGCGGUGAUGUCAAGCUCAUGUUGAGGGUUUUUUUCUCGAAAAACGUUUUCUGACUGUCUGACCUUGUGUGUUGGAAACCACGACGUGUAACUUAAUAAACUGAACAUCAUUCAAAGU